AUGGCGUUUUCCCUUAAACUUUUCCCUUCAGUGUGAAUGUUUCAUUUUUUUUAGUGGAUUUUUAGAGUAGAUACUCGGUCAUCUAUGGCUGGCUAUAUCGAACGCGAUGAAUGCUGUCUGUUUGUUGGAAACCUUGACUCCCGAGUCACAGAGGAAAUACUAUGGGAACUGUUCUUGCAGGCUGCUCCUUUAAAUGCUGUCCAUAUUCCUAAAGAUAAAGAAACAGGAAGAAAUAAAACCUUUGGUUUUGUCAGUUUAUCAGAGGUAGUCUCUGUACCCUUCACCAUCAGUCUGUUGAAUGGUAUCACAUUAUAUGGCAAAUCAAUAACAGUUAAACAAGCUCAAGGGAAUACAAACUCUCCAUUAAAUCAAAGUGUAUCAAAUUCUGGUUAUGGAAUUUUGCCACCUAGAAUGUCUCCAUUUGAAAAUCAAAAUGGACAACUGAACAUGUUUUCAAGAUCAGGAAGUCAAAGUCCAAUGUCAGAUCUUUCACCAUUCAAUAGACAGCCAUUUUUUGACCAUCAUAACAGACAGAUGAGUGCGCAGUCCAGUCCAAUUCCUUUGAUAUCAUCACCUUCUCCUGUCAGAAGUGAGAUUGAAAGUAAUUCCAUGAAUUCUUAUACCCAGCCAAGAGGUCCAUGGGAUAUGAUGUCCCCAUGGCAACAGAAUGCAACAAGAAAUCAAAACUUUGGAAACUAUGGAUACCAUUCAACUUCUUCACAAGGCUCAGCUUACAGCCAGGGAACACCCCACGCACAAGGACGAUGGAGAAGAUGAUAAGUAGAGAGAGAUAGUUUAGUGUGAGAAUUCAAAUUCAACAUUUUUUUUAUUUCCAUGGAACUGAUAAUAAUUUUAAACCAUCAAUGACUUGUGCAUUUAACAUUUCUGAGGAAAAUCGUAUAAAAUUCAUUCUGUCUAGGAAAGUGUCAAGCCAGCAGGCCCUAACCCCAGGAAUGGCUGGCAGUAUGACCAGUUUAACGCUUUAACUUCCAUAAGUGACCAAGACGGAAUUUUUUCUUGAAAAAUCAAUACAAUUUCUAGCAGAAAAGUGACGAAAAUAAAGAAAAAUAACCAUUAGGGGAUUACUAGUUGAUCAAAUACCAAAUUCUUCGAACUAACAUAAGAAUCGAUCGCUCUGACGAAGAUAGCGCUCGAAACGUCAGCUUUUUAAACUCUUUGUGGUGGCUAAUUUACAUUUUCAACUCAGUUAUACUCUCCCGCCAACGCAGCACUACAGUUUCUUUAGAAACUCACACCCUUUAACAUAAGAAUUGACAGACAGUAACUAGAAUUAUUGCUGAGAUCUAAGGAGUGAAAGGUUUAAAAAAAAAACCCUCUUGUCAGCCCUGACAGACUAAACAGCUAGGGCCUGUUUACAUGGAGGUGGGGGCGCCUAGCCGUGGUCGAAAAAUAAAACGCGUUUACAUGCAAUCUUACAACCCCGGGGUGCAGGGGUGUUGUUGCGCUUGCAAUUAAGGAGUUUGAGCAGAGGCGUCCCAAGCUCACAUCUCGAAAAAGACGAAAGAUUAAUUCUCGGACACAUAUGUAUUUAUUCAUGAAAGCGUCACGCGUUGUGUUACGCGGUGUUUGGUUUCGCGAGAAACCUUUGACUUAAUACGUUAUACGGAAUAGUUUGGGAAGCCAAAUAUGGUCGAUUUACAACGCUAAAUAUUCCGAAACGUGAACAUUUUACACUCCUUGCGGUUUCUGGUGAUUUCUGCCGUGAGACGGCUAGGAAAUGUACAAAGUUUUAAAACACGUUUCGCUUUUGAGUUUUUUUGCCAUGAACGCGACCCCGGCUAGGCGGGUUACCCCACCUUGACACGUUUACAUGGCAAAUUGUCAUCCCGGCUGAGAGGGUUACCCUACCUGGCACACCGGGUAACCCGCCUAGGCGGGUCACCCCACCCAUCAUGUAAACGUGAUCAAAAUAAAAUUAGAAAUUAUAUGGAUAGGCGAGUUACCUCACCUACCCGGGGUCCCCUACCUCCAUGUAAACAGGCCCUUAGUUUUGUUGUUAAGAAAUCCAAACACCCACACUUUUUUGGUAAUAUUCAGGACACUGGGGAAAAUUUGGCGAACCAGAUUAGUUGUUUUUAUUCUAUUGAUAUUGAUGAGCUACUCGUAAUAAUCUAAUCCCUU